AGCGCUGUUGACAUUUAGUUUUUGCCUUUUGUUCGUUGAGCACGUGUUGAGCACGUGUGUUUUUGUCUAUUUUUUUUUCGAAUUAAAAUAUAAAUUAGUCAUCGCCUGCUCUGAUCUUGAUAAAAGGCUCCACUUGCUACCGUUGGUUUUCUCUGGGACGCAGCAAAAUUGAAAUAUCAAAACAUCGGAUACGGAAGAAAUUGAGGAUGAUGUUCGACUUUGGUGGCGAUGAUACGGAGGAGACGGCGGCAGCGACGGACGCCAGGCUGGGAGAGGCGGGUGACGGCGGCCAGACGAACGCUGUCAAAUGUCCGCCGCCACAGUCCCUGGUCCCUCCACCCGAUCCAGUGGCACGGGCCAACGAGGCGGCCAGAGACGAGUACGGACCACCCGAGACGGAUACGGAUACGGAUACGGACGCCGUCACGGCACUGCUGCCCGUACUCAAAGACAUCUCUCGCCAGUUCUCCGAGUACAGCGAGGCGAUGGAGACGGCGGUGCGCGACCUGGCUGAGACGGAGAACGACCUCCAGGCCGAGCUGCAGCACAUGCUGCGCCGCUCCAAACAGGUGCUGACGACGCACGGCCAGAUGCGGCAGAGGUUCACCGAGCGACUGGGCAAGGUGUCUCGCGCGCUGCGGGCCCAGCAGUCGCCGGCCACCAGCCAGGAGUGACAACGCCUCCAGUCACAUGUGCGCCCUCAGUGGUGACACUCGGGGUGCGCUCUCAGUGGUGACACUGGUAUGUGCGUGUCACAGGAGAUAGUCCAGCUGUCACACACAAACCUUGAGGGGUGUUUCUUGGACAGGGAAAGGAGUGAGGCUCGUCCAUGAGCCACUAGUGACACCCGGGUGUUAACAUUGACAACUUUUUGGCCAUGGUGACUGCGACCCAAGUGAACUGGACCGUGAACAGUGAGACCAAUGUGUUGUGUAGGAGUGUGAUGGAUAGAUACCUACCACCUACCGGUCCUUUUUGGUUAAUCCGAUCCAUGCGCUCUCCAGAAUUUGGCUGUGACGGUGGGGGAUAAGGGAAUCUGCGGGCACUGUCUAGUUUAAAUAGCACAGCGCCAGACAGUCGUGUUGAUCCGUAUCUUCACAUCAGCAGCCAGGGCUACUGCACAGUGCGCAUUACGUCAAAACUGUGAUCAGCAAUGAGGUGAAAGACCCUUUGGUGUUAGUGUACCAAAACUUGCGCUGACUAGAUGUAAGUGUAACGACUCAUGGCAACGCUUCACUCACAAACAAACAGAGGCACACAGACGAUAUGGACUCGUCUUUCAGUGCCUGUUUCUCUCAGACAAUGGUGGACUUGUGUUGCAGUGUUGUGUUGUCAAGUGCGAAGGUUAGCAUUUUUCGUUUGUCAAUAUAUGCAGCUGACCGGCAACAGUUUGCCAAU